UCGCCCUCGCCCCGCCACGGGGCCGGGCGGCCGCGGCUACGGCGCCACCGACACCUUACUUCCUGCUUCGCUACCCAGGGCCAGACCCAUCGCGGCGGAGGGAUCCCGCCGCCUCCCGCAGCCUCCUCCCCCUUCUGCUUCUGCUUUCCCCCCCCGCGUUCUCUCUCCCCCUCUCUCUUCUGCAAGAAAAUAAUUUGACAGCGAUUUGCUGACACCGGGAUUUUUUUUCAUUUUUUCGCAUCACGGACUCGGCAGAGGCAGCGCAGGCGGGGGAGGCCGUGCCGGAGGAUGAGCGCCGUACUGUAAGUGAAGUAGGACCGAGCCCGGGCAGCUCUGUAAUAAAUUAAUAUCGCAGUUGCUCCCUCCUCGCCGCCACCGACAUAAGCCCCGCGCCCGGCCCCGCCGCCCCCCGCGCCUGGCCCCCGUGCCUGCACUUGUUGCAGACUUCACGCCAGAUGGAAUUUUAUGACUUGCUGGAUUCUGAAUAGGACGAGGAGAUGUGUCUGAUAAGAUACAUCACAUUGAGAUCACAGAAUGAAAGCAGCAUGAAAUGUUAUGGCAAAGACAGCGCAGCAAGAUACAGGAGUAUCUCAGAUCCUCAAAAAUCAGGUGCCUGGCAUGCUGAACCUAUUGAUCUGCAUAGGAUUUGUGCCACGGUCCAUCUAUUGAAGAUGUGAAGCAACAUCGAGUUUGAGAUUGGAAUUACUGCCAGACUGGAGCAAAUCUUAGUGCUUGUGAUGCACAUGGACAUGCUGAAUUAUAAGUAAUUCUAUCUUCUUUUCCCCCCUCCCUCCCCUUCCCCUCACUCAGCUAUCUCAGGGUUCAUAGAGAUUUCAAUGGUUCGUGUGCCUGUAAGUUUGGAACAGAAGUGACCAAAAAUGGGGGACCAGCAAUUGUAUAAGACUAACCAUACUGCCAACAGCAAUGAGAACUUGUACUACCAACAACACCAAAUGAAUUCCCUUCCAUCUCUAAAUCAUAGCUAUGGGACAUCUGUUAUGGAUGCUCCCCAGGCAUCCCCUCUCUCUCCCCAGUUUCCCCAAGAUUCAAGAGACAGCAUAGCUUUGCCUGUAGGUUCCAAAAGUCUUGGGUCAAUGGACACAUCUAGACAAACCAGUUGGACACAUUCUGGCUCAGGAAACCACGUCCCAGUGAGGAACAAUUUAAAUAAUCAAAGCGCAAUGUGGAGCCCCCUUGGGCAGGGGGAGUCCCACGAUGGAUACCAAUAUUCUUACUCUCAACCCAGUGAAAAUCGAUCGCAAAAAAUUACCAGUGGGGUCCUGCAUAAGUUGGACUCCUUUACACAAGUAUUUGCUAACCAAAAUCUGAGGAUUCAAGUCAACAAUGUGGCUCAGGUUUUGCACACCGAGUCUUCGAUGAUGGAUAAUUCUGGCGACAGCGCACUCAGACAGCUGCUGUCCCAGAAGCCGGCGGUUGAGCAACAGCCUGUAACCCCCAGCGUGCAAAGAUACCAACCACUGCCGCAGCCAACGCACCAGAGUUUUGCAAGCACACAACAAAAGCAGCAAAUGCAAAUCAUGCAGCAUCAACCAUUGUACUACGACUACCAGCAGCAUUUGUCGCAGAUGCAGAUGCAUUCUGCGUUUCAGCAGGGACAGGCGCAUGUUCAACAAAUGCAGUCCCAGCAGCUCUUACCGCAACAGAUGCAGCACUUGCAGCAGGCUCAGUACUACGCGCAGCCACAGCAGGGGCACCAGCGCAUGGCGAUACAGGAGAUCCAGCAGCAGCAGCAACAGUCCACGCGGCAGCAGCAGCAGCAGCCGCGGCAGUGCCCAAUGCAAAUAGCUCAGUAUUACCAAACACAGCCUGUCAUGCAGCAGUUGCAGCAGCAACAGAUACAAUUGCCGCUUCCUCCGUAUCACAGGGAACCCGAGCCAAAGGCUGUGCAUGAACCACACCAGUACUCUCAGGAUCCCAGUCAUCCAGUGCAGCUUAUCCAGUUGGGAGCGGUGCCUCAGUAUUGCUACCAGGAUCCCCAUGAACAGUACAGGCACUUGUACCCGCAGAGUUUACUGCAGCAGCAGCAGCACCAGGAUCAGCAGAAGCAAUACUCGAGUGAGAGCAGAGCGCCAUCUCUGAACUCCCAUGUCGGCCUCACUCCACCAGAGACCACAGAGGAUCCUUCACGGCAGGACAUGAAUUCUGUCCCUCAUCGAACUCUUUUGCCACCCUCAGGAGUUCAUCUGAACAACAAAAGCUCUCAGCAAGACUCUCCAAGCACUGUAUGGCCUCAGCAGGUGCAACUAUCAGACGGCAGACCGCAGCCGCUAUCCCCAGAACAAAGUGGCCAGAACAGAGAAACACUUCCUGAGAGAGCUGAUGCGAAGAACAAGCUAAUGUGUUCAAUAUGCUUGAAGGAGUUUAAGAGUUUGCCUGCUCUAAAUGGUCACAUGAGGUCACACGGGGGAGUGAGAGCAUCUCCUAACUUCAAACAGGAUGAAGGAGAGAAACCACCACAGCAGCCGCUGCCUAAAGAGGUGGAUAGCCUCGCGCCCAUCGUCAUGCCCGUGUCUGUCCCUGUAAAGCUUCUGUCGCCCGAGCCCAGCACGCAGCCCUCUGCCAGCGCUGUCACAGUCAAAGACAAGCCUGCCAACUCUGUGUCAGAUGAUGAGAUGCCCGUUCUCGUGAAGAUGACUUACUCUCCACCGUGCAGUCCAAAAGUGGCCAACCCCUGCUCAUCCUCUGAAAUCAGCAAAAAACCUUAUCAAAGUGCUGUAAAAUUGGAAGAAAACUUCAAACCAUUGCAGGACAAAAAGAAGUAUCGGCACAGACCCGAACCUCUCUUCAUACCUCCUCCUUCCUUCAACCUCAGCAUGUCCCACUCCGGUGCCACCCUGUACCAGAGUCAGCUUCGCUCUCCCCGUGUCCUCGGAGACCAUCUGCUGGACCGGACACAUGAGCUUCCCCCCUACACUCCACCACCCAUGCUCAGUCCAGUUAGGCAUGGCUCUGGGCUCUUCAGCAGUGUUAUCACGUCAUCUCAUAGCACCUCACAUACUCAGCUGCCUCUUACUCCACUGACACCUACUCCACGGGUGCUUCUGUGCCGGUCUAACAGUAUUGAUGGAAGUGUCAUUCCAGUGACGCCUGGGCCUGGAGAACAGACCGUUGAACCACGAAUCAAUAUUGGGUCCAGGUUCCAGGCUGAUAUUCCUGAGCUGCAGGACAGAUCACUAAUGGAGAAAGAUGUGCACAAAGCUACUUUGGUUUGGAAACCGUGGCCAGAACUGGAGAACAAAGUCUUCCAACAAAGAGUGGAAGACCUUCUAAAUAUGAGCUGUUCCAGUGUGUUACCUGGUGGAGGAACUAACUCAGAAUACGCGUUGCACUCUCUCUUUGAAGCAAAAGGAGAUAUUAUGCUUGCUCUUGAGAAGCUGCUGUUGAGAAAGCCAGUGAGAUUGAAGUGUCAUCCUUUGGCGAACUACCACUACGCCGGCUCUGACAAAUGGACACAUCAAGAAAGAAGGCUGUUCAAAGAGGCAUUGUCUACCUACAGCAAAGAUUUCAUAUUUGUACAGAAAAUGGUUAAGUCUAAGACGGUUGCACAAUGUGUAGAAUACUACUAUACCUGGAAGAAAAUCUUGCGUUUGGGACGGAAACACAGAACACGGUUAGAGAAAAAAAGAGAGGAAUGCCUGACAAGCGGGGAAGAGGAAGUGUUGGAGGAGGAUGAGGAGAUGGAAGAAGACAGAAAGGAAGAAAGGGAAAUGCAGAAGUCUCCUGACCCACCAGCUAUCCCUCUUAUUGGACCUAUAGAUCUGCCUGCCCUUCAGAGUCUUACACUUUCUUCAUCCUCCUUCAUCUGUGAAAUGCCAAACUGUGGCGCUGUGUUCAGUUCCCGACAAGCGCUGAAUGGUCACGCUCGCAUUCAUGGAGGCACCAAUCAGGUGCCAAAACCACGAUGCACCAUUCCAGGCACUAAGCAGAAAUCUGGUACGCAGAGUGGAUACUGCUCCAUCAAGAGUUCACCUGCCCACAGCACAACGAGCGGUGAGACUGACCCAACGACAAUUUUUCCUUGCAAGGAGUGUGGCAAGGUAUUUUUCAAAAUCAAAAGCCGCAAUGCUCAUAUGAAGACUCACAGACAAGAAGAACAGCAAAGGCAGAAGGCUCAGAAAGCUGCUGUGGCAGCAGAAAUGGCAGACACUAUUGCAAGAACUACUGGGCCAAUUGGGCAUAGUUUGAUCCCUCUGGACCACCUGAGCUUGGUUAAACAUGUUGGAAAUGUCGGUGACAUUGACGAUGAUGUUGUUCAGGAGCUGGGUGGUGUCAUGGAAGAGAAUGAAGUCAUGGAUGCUGAGCUUUUAUUGGAUGAUGAAGAUGCAGAUCUACUGCAGGAUGAUGCUGAGUUGUAAAUAAAGUUGUUUGAUAAAGACAGCUACUGAGCACACCCUGAAUGGAUCAGUCAGGAAACCUGGACUGCUUGUUUUAUUCCCCACUGAUUGUAAACUACCUGUUGAAAAUUAUAAUUCUUUUAUCCAGGUCUAGAAAAAAAAAGAAACCUGCUUUUUUUCCCUUUUUUUAUUGAUUUGUGGUUUGGGGAAAAAAUAAAUAAUUGGUACAAAUAUUCUUAUAAGGUGUUUUUAUCUGAGCUCAUUUUGCUGGUAACUUCCAAGGCCACUGAUGACAGAAGUUCAUGGUUCUGCUGUAACUUCCCUCCAGUUGAUCCCACUAGGGUCUUUAGUCAUUAACCCUUUGAAGUUUCAUUUUAGCCCAAUUAGAAGAAAGAUCUUUGCACACUUCUGAUGGAACUUUUUUUUUUUUUUUGCCUAUACUGGAUCACUUCCAGAUUCUUCUAGAGACUCAAUGUCAUCUCUGUUAAGGAGAUGAUUACAUUCUGUGUCUUUUGUGCUGUCAUUUUAAGGGAGGUGGAGGAAAAAAAAAUCUGAUUUAACUGUGAAAUAAUUACAGAAGUGACUGUAUUGUAGUAUUGCAGUACUUUUUCAGUUCUCUUGCCUUAAUGCAUACAUGUUAGGCAGUUUGUAAAAAGCCUUGGUUACCUUGUACAUUUUAGAGCUUCCAUUCUAGCAAGGUUUUGAUCUGCUGAUUUUAAAAUAACCUAAUUCAAGUGUUAAAGCGAGAAGGUGAUUGUAUUGUGGUUCACGUCAUCUGAUGGGGACACUGCAUCAGGAACACCGCCUUGGUAAUCAGAUUGCACUGGAAAUAUUUUUUGCUGUGACAAUAAAUCACACUGUGGAAUUAGCCAUCUCUGGUUUUAGGAGAGCGUGCUCUUGAGCAAUGCAGGAGCUUGCUCUCUCACCAGGAGAAUACAGGGAGAUGUUCUUGCCCAUGGAAUGGAGACUGAUGAGUCAAGUAUAUGCCUUCAGCACAUGUUAGUUAUUACUGGCAGGCAUGUUAUUCUUGCCAUUUCCAGUCCUCCUCAUUACAUCAAAUUCAAAUGUUGUUUGUUUAAUAAAACAUACUACAAAGGUGAGUUGACAAUGCUGUUUAAUUAUAGUUUCUCCUCCCUUAGGAUCUACGUGCUGGGUGUCUUAAUAGUAUUUAUAUAAAUUUAGGUUUGGUUCUCUUAAGUAAAUAGAGUAUCAAGAGCAUUGUACCUUGCAGAAUUAAAGAUUUAGGAAGAAUUGGUCUUAGGUUGAGUGGACUUUUACUUGCAGAAUAUGAAUACUGAUUUUAGAGCUUUCACAGAUAGCAGCACAGAUUUUCUUGUGAAUUUUGCACAGUAGAAGAGUAUUGCUAACUUUAUAAAUUUUUCUAGGGCUGAUUUCCGAUCUUCCAGAUUUCAGAGUUGUUUGGCUUUUUUGAUGGGUGGGUUUAGUUUUAUUUGUGGGGUUAUUUUGUUUUGAGGUUUUUUUUUUUUGCCAUAUUCCUAACACCUUAAGCAGAAUCUGAGAGAUGGUGACUUAUUUUCUAGUCUUUCUUCCUUGUAUAACUAUGCAAAAUGAGGGUAAAUCACAGCACUUUUGUAUAGUAGUACUGGACCACGCAAGUUCAAAACCAGUAGGACUCAUUGGCAGAGACAUGCCAUCUCUGUCAAAGCCAAAUACAUGAAGCCAAAAUGACCUGAAGUUUCUACUUAAGGUCAAAUGUUCUGAUACUAAAGAACAGCCCUUCAGGAGAAUGGAAAUCACUUCUCAGUUUCCGGUUAGUGAAGUUCCUGUGUUUCUAGUCUCUUUUAAUGGGGUUUUUUGGGAUGUUCCAGAGUUUUUUCUAGUUGCUUUUGACCAGCAGGUAGAAUUUCACUCCAUCUGCUGCAUAAAGGAUGAUGUUCUCAGUUAUUGUACCUGUGAGUUUAAGGAGACAGGAUAGCAACCUUCUUUUCUUAGCUGAACUGCCAGGCAGCAGUUCCUGUCUAUGCUGUGACAUGGUACUUUUAUGGUGGCCAUGCAACCCCAGUUCAGCAAAUGGUUUUCAGCUGUAUGCUGCCAACAAGAUCCACUGGUAAUAAAUUUUGUAGAUUGUGCAAGUUCUAGUGGUUUGCAAAAUGGAUGAUGUGGGGAAUGGUAACUUGAGUUGGCUUUCAGAAGCCUGUGUUAGAAAAAACUGAGCAGUCUACUCUUCUAAACUUGGAUCAUUUUGAACUUUUAAGGGUCUUUCUGAGACAGGCUGCUCCAGUGGAAAACAAAAACAUGCUUUCAGAUUCCCCUGUUAAUGGCUGGAAAAAAACCUGAGUGUUUAAGCAAAGCGAUAUUUGAUGUCAGUGAGAGUUCUGCUUGAGGAACAGAGUGAAGUAUGGUAGAAACUUGUGGGCUUAAUUCUGAAAAGCAGCUCUGCAGUGGAACUUUUCUAGCAACAAUUGGACAGGUAAUCUGUGCUAAACCUAGUAUAUAUAAAUAUAUAUACACACAUAUAUAUGCCUGAUUCUGUAACAUUAAUCAGGUGCUGUUUUAUUGUACAGCCAAGAAGAUAACAGAACAACAAUAACCAAAGAAGUUAUUCAAAAAGGAGAAAAAGAAAUGCACAUUGCUUAACCAGUACAUGAUUUAGGUCUCAAACUUUGACUUUGUCAUUAUUGUUGCAUUGGCUGAUGUUACACAGAUGAUGUUCUGCCUAUUUGUACAUAAGUUGGACAUAAUUUUGUUUCAGAAAACUUGUUUUCUUGAUGAUGCUUGAUGGAAAACUGUUCACUAUUGAACUUAGUCCUCUUUGAUAAAACCUGUACAUAUAGAAAACAUAUUUUAUGAGAAAAAUCUUAUUUUCAAUAUUUAACUGUUAUUUUAUUAGACUAUGGUUGUAAAUAUUUUAGGUGCUUCAGUGUAAAAAGCAGACUGUAAUUUUAGGUGGCAGCAGA